AUGGACCUGGACGCUGCAGACACGGAGGUUCCGAGUUCCACAGUCCCGAGUUCGCCAGUCAGCACUGCUUCACCAGGCUGCAGUUUUACCGCCGCCAACACAGCUUUCGCAGAUACGGCCACACAGACAGACGUGACUGCCGCGGACCUGAAGGCGCUGGAGGAGGAUAAUCAGCGUCUUACAUCAGAGCUACGGACACUAAGGAUUCAGAAAAGUGCACUUGAAAUUACCGAGCUGUCAUUGCGUGAAGACCCAGAGAAAGUCUCCUUUUACACUGGGCUUCCAAGUUUUGCUGUUCUCUUUUCUAUCUAUCAGCUACUAGAAGUGUCUGUUAAGCAUACUCCACAGCGCUGCCUUGGUAAGUUUCAAGAAUUCGUGGUGUUCUUGAUGAAACUGAAGUGGAACUUCCCAUUGCAGGACCUUGGAUAUCGCUUUAGGGUUUCCGAGUCAACAAUAAGUAGAGUAUUUGACAGGUGGCUACACACUGCUUUUUGGCGGCUGAAGGAAACUAUUGUGUGGCCUUCACGUGAUGAAAUUUGUAACACACUGCCACAGGCAUUUUAUGACUCUUUCGGUAGAAAGGUAGCGCUGAUAAUUGACUGCUUUGAAAUUAAAAUUGAGCGACCGUCCUCUCUACAGCCAAGAUGCGAGACGUGGUCACAAUAUAAGUCAAGCAAUACCGCAAAAUACUUAAUAGGCAUCUGUCCACAGGGGAUAAUCACAUUCAUAUCAAAGGGCUGGGGAGGUCGAACAUCUGACAAACACAUAACCGAGAACUGUGGAGUUCUGGACAAGCUGUCACACGGUGAUGUCGUUCUCGCGGACAGAGGGUUUGAUAUUGCUGAUAGUUUAGGCUUGUACUGUGCCAAGUUGCACAUCCCUGCUUUUACAAAAGGGAAGAGGCAGCUGUCAGCUAUGGAGGUAGAAACCACAAGGAAGAUUGCAAAUGUCAGGAUACAUGUAGAAGGGUCAUAG